UUACUAAAAAAAAAUUCAAAACUCUUCAAGCUGGAGUGUCGUAAGCUUACAAGUUGGCUGUUACUCCUAACAAUAUGCGUUCUAGGUCUAUUAGGCGUUUUGGUGUGGGUCGUACUCGGCAGCGCUUCGUGUGAUCGCCUCAGAGAUUGUGAUGCUUUCGAGUCAAUCUGUGCUGUUUAUGAGACGGAACAUCAAUUUUUUUACAGUGAAUGUGACUUGGAACGAGAGAAUUGUUUGACGGGGAAAAAAUGGAAGCGCGAUCACUUCACUCACUGCAAUGUUUAUAGUUUAUAAGUUUCUUAAAUUAAUAUGUAUAAAACUAAUAUUUUUAAAGUGCGAAUAUAUUUUUAGAACAAAAUAAAUUCUGCCAUUUUCAAUCUAUACUAGUUUAAUCGUCAUAAAGUUACUAAAUUUAACAAAGUAUUUAUUGUACAAUAAUGUUAGCUAUUUAUUUAUAAAAUACAAUUUAAACUAAAGAGAGAUUGUAACACAUCACAGUCAAUACAUAUUUUACCUAUGGCUAAUAUAUAUUCACUGAACUAAUUUAAAUUUCACACUUUAUCUAGAUACUUUAUAAGGUAGACGUAAGUUUAAGUUGUAUUUAUUACGAUGAGAUACACUUGCCGCUGCCGUUUGCUUUGCAAGUGUUCAACACGUGUUUGUUUACUUAAACAAACACACCAAAAAAUAUUAAAAUUAAAAUAAAUUGAAAUAAAUUAAGAUAUUUUUAAAUAAAUUCACAUAUAAUUUAGCAAAAAAUUGUAUUCAUUAUGAAAUAUUUACUUAUCAUAUGACAAUAAAGUUAAUGAGUC